AUGGCUAGAAUCAAGGUGUAUGAACUCAGGCAAAAAACGAAAGUAGAUCUUCUGAACCAGUUGAAGGAUCUGAAAGCAGAACUUGCUCUUCUCCGCGUCGCUAAGGUCACCGGUGGAGCCCCAAACAAGCUCUCCAAAAUAAAAGUUGUUCGGCUUUCAAUAGCUCAGGUUUUGACUGUGAUUUCACAGAAGCAAAAGUCGGCAUUGAGGGAAGCUUAUAAGAAGAAGAAAUACCUGCCUUUGGAUUUGCGUCCGAAGAAGACAAGAGCUAUUAGAAGACGUCUCACCAAGAAUCAGCAAUCUUUGAAGACAGAGCGUGAGAAGAAGAAAGAAAUCUAUUUCCCGUUGAGGAAAUAUGCAAUUAAGGAAAUGUAA